AAAUUGGGACUUGAGGCUUCACCUAGGCGUCACUAUGCUCAAGAGUUUCCUCCAACGAUCAAAACACAAAACCAUAGAAAAGCAACAAAAAUUUCAUGCCAAAGCUCAUUUUCCUGUCAGCCCUUCAACUCUAGUGAAAAAAGCGAUUGUACCAGAAACAUGUCGUUCACAAGCUGAGGACAUUAUGGCGGGUUUGUUGAGCGGUCAGGAGGAAAAAGUUGGUUGGCGAUGGAAAGACGAUCCAAUGAAAAAUACUCCAUUAAAAGGUGAAUGGAUUGAAUCAAAGACAAGGAAAAAGCUUACGGACGUCGAUCGUGUGAUCCUUUACGUUCAUGGUGGAGCUUACUUCAUGGGGAGCGCUGCCCAACAACGUUUCAUGAUACAAAAAGUUGCCAAGGCUGGUGCUGCUCGCGUCUUUGGUUUUGAUUAUAGAUUGGCCCCUCAGUCACCAUUCCCGGCCGCGUUGGUGGACACGUUGGCUGCUUACCUUUACCUAAUACAACCUCCGUCAGAUGCUGGAUUUGAUCCAAUAAAUCCAAAAAAUAUUAUUAUAAUGGGCGAUUCGGCUGGUGGUGGUCUCGCUUUGUCAACUUUGUUGGUACUCCGAGAUGUCGGUCUUCCGCAGCCAGUUGGUGCCGCAUGUUGGUCUCCAUGGGUCGACCUCCUUCAUUCAUUGCCCUCAAUAUUCACAAACAGUGCAACUGAUUACAUACCCAACGGGUUCGUGCACAAAGCAUCUCCAGCGAAUCCAAUAAAAGAUCAUACAAACCUCAACGAACGAUUGUCGAGA